UGUAAGUGUUGUAUGUAUUGAGUGUAUGAAUGAUGUGAUUGUGUGUAACGUUUGGCGCAUUCGUUGAACAUCUGCUCCAUUGAAGAGACAUUCAGUGAUUGAGUUCAUCCAUGUUUUGAAUAUCAUUUGAUUCCUCAGUGAUAGUCUUGUUGUCCAUCAUAUCGUAGUCAAUAUGGAUGUCAAUAAUCAUCAUAAUAUUGAAGACAAGAUUGUGAUGAGUCCUAUAAAGAAGGAAAAAGACUAUACAUUGCUUCGUAUGGAAAGAGUUAACUCUCAAGACAUCGACCAAACAGAUCCUUCAAAUAAACACAUUGCCGGAGGAACUCAUACCGGACUUGUCAUUAAUAAAAGCAUAGAUGAUUCAAAAUUUAAUGAUAACACACCACCAGAACUGUGUCUAUCGUUUAAAGUGUUUCUUAUAAAUAGCGAAACACAGACUCAUAACCAGGAGAGCCGUCAAUUGAAGUUUUGGUUCACCACUGAUGUCAGCGAUUCCGAUAAAAUGGUUUUCGCACAACAAUUCUUCAGGGAUUUGAUUAAUCCGACAAAUUUUCCCAAAGACUACAUUGGAUUUAUAAUGAAGAUAAUGAAAUUAAUGCAAAUUAAACACAAAAAUAUUAGACAAAUAGAUGUGGAGCUCAAACUAGUCAACGAGUUAUCCGAACCGCCUUCCAGACCAACGUCAAAAAACGGUGUAUUAAUAAGCGUUGGAAAUGAGAAAAGUGAUGAUAAAUAUUACUACUUGAGAGACAUAGAGCCAAACCAACGGUGCAGACCAUUGGCCUCAAAGCCAUUACUCUCUUCAGUGUCGAUCGACGAAAGUUUUUUAGGUUCAAUAUCGGAGUUAAGUGAAGAUAAAAUACUGGGAAUUAUUGAAUCCUCGUAUCCAAACCCCAUCUCAUUGUCCGAUAUUGCAAAUUCAACGCAAUCUACCGAAGAAGACGUAUAUUUUUUUAUUCAAGAAUUAUUGUCCAAAAAUUUGAUCAAAACAUUAUCUGAAGGAUUAUAUACUCGGGUCACACAAAAUGAUACAGAAGUUAAGUUAGUCCGACAAAUGCCGAAAGUGGUUCGUUCAGAGCAACCAACCAUUGCUAUCAUUACUGCACAAUACUGUGAAAAAUUAGCCGUCGAUGCUAUGAUUGAUAAUAAAGACACUUAUGUUAGAUAUAAAACUGAAGGUAUUAUUCAUUACUUUAGUUAUACUAUUACUGUAAUCAUUCUGUAUUACUGUAAUAAUGUGUUUAUUUACACAAAUGCUAUAAUAGGAGAAUCAAAUGUUUAUACUUUGGGUAAUAUUGGAAACCAUAGGGUAGUAUCAACUAAACUGCCAGCUGUUGGUCAUUCAAGAGCUGCUAUGAUUGCCGCCGGAAAUACAACAACAAGACUUCUCGGAACUUUUCAAUGCGUUGAAUAUGUAUUUUUGGUUGGUAUCGGGGGUGGAGUUCCUCAUUAUACAGAUUAUCACCGACACGUCAGAUUAGGGGAUGUUGUUGUGUCAGUUCCACCAAAAAAUUUUAAUGAAAAUUUAAAGAAAUUUGUUUACAUUCAUUGCGAAAGAUUAAAGAACUCACCCGAAGAUCCAAUAAAUUCAUCGAAUUUACUUCAAAAUAUAAAUUCAAUCGAUAAUUUCAAUUUCCGUUUCUGGUGUCCACCUAAUCUUGAGUUACAAACUAUUGCUGAAGAUAUCUAUGAAAAAGGAAAUAUAUCCGAGAGUAAAGAUUGGGAACAAUAUUUGGUGGAAGGAAUUAAUUUAUUACAAGAGUCUUAUCCCGAAUUUUCAAGACCUCAUUCUCAAACUGAUAAGCUUUAUAUGUCUAUUGGACCUAAAGAUGUUAUAGAGAUGGCACAUCCUAUUGCACCCAAUGAUGAAUAUGAUCCGCGAGCUAAUGGUUUUCCACAAAUUCAUUUCGGCGCUAUUGGUUCGGGACGUAUGGCUGUCAAAGACGAACAGAUCAGACAAGACAUUGCAUCCAAAUAUGGUGUUAUGGCCUUUGAUUCUGAAUUUGAUUCAGUUGUUGAAUCAGUUUUUGGAAAUAGAAAAGACAAAUAUAUAUUCAUUCGGGGAAUCGCUGACUAUAAGGACGGAACCCGAAGGAAGGAAUGGCAGUCAUAUGCCGCUCUUUCGGCCGCCGCUUAUAUGAAAGCAAUUCUUUUUUCAUUGAAUCCUUUUGAUGACAACUAAAACUUUUUAAAAUCUUAUCAAUUUUACUCAAUAUUUUAUAUUAUUAAUAUAUCACACGGUUUUGAUAAUUUUGUUACUCUAUUUGAGACAAAUAUGAUUUAGUAAUUUUUAAUUUAUUUAAUUUUAAUU